AGCGGUUUCGCGAUUGCACCAGGGAAGGCAUGGAGAGGGAGCCGGGGCGGCGCGGGGGCAACUGGAUGGUGACCCACCCCACGCUUUCUUGUAGCCCUUUCGCGUUCUGGAAGGUCACUAUAAGAUCUCCUCGGAGCCUUCUCCAGGCUGAACAACCCCAGCUCUCUCAGUCUGUCGCAUAGCAGAGAUGCUCCAGCCCUCGGAUCAUCUCUGUGGCCUCCUCUGGACUUGCUCCAACCGCUCCUUCACAGAAAUGAUGUCUCUGGAUAUAUCUGACAGUACUCAAAUUUAUGCUGCGUUUCUGGUGUACCUGGACCUCUUGGAAGGGAAAAACUGGCAUGAAGUGAAGCAUGUUGGAGUAGCAGAUCUGCAGCUCAUAUGUUUACACGCUCGUCAACGAGAACAGGACAGUCUGGAAGUCAUGGUGCCGUUACCUGUGCACGUAUCGCUAAGCCAUGAGAGGAUAAGAGAAAUCUUGAAGACAGCGUCUCUCCCACAAGACGAUCCCGACACCCCGCUGUCGAUUACCUUGGCCAUAGUUGAGACAGAUUCCACAAUAGUCUACUAUAAAAUCACUGAUGGCCUCGUGUUACCGGAUCCUCCUGACGAUACUGAAGAUGUGGACAAUAAACAGUGGAGAAAGAAAAGAAAGAAGCUUUUCAAAUGAUUGAAAAAAAAUAGACUUUUCUUGAACUACUGUCCUCAAACCUAAACAAAUCCAGGAACUGAUGUAUGUAAAUAAGGCGUGUGCUAAAGCCUGCCUUCUGCAUUCCAAGCAUCUGUUCAGGGAGAACGGCGGCCUGAGCAGCUGCACUGUAAUGAAAUGCCGUUUAAGUAUGAAAUAGGUCACGCUUUUGAGACAGAUGGCUCCUGACUAAUAAAUAUACUUGUGAGAUGCUUCCAAAGCCAGCCUUUCCUUUACAGCCAUCCAGGUGUCCGACAGAACAAACACGUCCUUACCCCUGUUGUAAAUACUGACUAAGGGUAUGUUUGAAGGGUUUCUGCCGGGAGUACUGAUACUAAGUUAAGGGCUUUGUAGUUUACGUACAGAGCAUCUUUGUCUUAACACUGUCAGAAGCACUGGUGCUGCUCCCACAUUACAUUCCUGAACCCUUGCUGCCUUUCCCUGCUUUUGAAGAAAAGGCUUUUCCACAGAAAUACUUUAUUUUAACUUUUUUUUCUGCAGAGGGGAAGCUAACUAAAGCAAUGCCAGGGGCUACUAGAACGAGUGGAGGCUAGUAAAGAGGGGUCUCCAGAUCUCCUGAAGAACCUCUGAGCCCUUCACCAGGUUAUGACUGGAUCAACCACACCUGGAAGUGUUGACCCAGGGCAGCGUUCCCCACACACACCAUGCUCAUUGUCACCAUCCGGAAGCCCCAGCGGGUGCUUGUUCCCCGUAGAGUACUGGACGACUGCCCAAGAACUGAAGGUACUUUGCUUUUGCAUCCCAGUGCGAUGAUGCUGUCUCAGGGGUGACCUGCCCUCUCUUGGCUUUCCUCUCUGCGAGGUGGCUUCCGUGUCCUUUUAGUGCUUUACUGUGAUGGUGCUUAAAGCUCUCUGAAAAGGAACAUGACGAUGGGGCAUGUUUUUGUCUGUCACCAAAGCAUGUCGCCUUCUACACUACUGUAGACACUACUGUUGUCUGCUUCGUGCAGCAAGCAGGUUUCUAAACUCUGCAUAAUUUCUAGGAUUUCUUUUGUUGCACCUUCUGCUACUUACACUGGCUGCCCAGGAGCUGCUGGGGGUAAGGUAAGAGGGGAAAAAACCUGACUUUUAGUUUCUUCUACAGGAAUUUUCCAUAUCAUAGAAUCAUAGAAUAGUUUGGGUUGGAAGGGAACUUAAAGAUCAUUGAGUUCGAACCCCCUGCCAUGGGCAGGGACACCUCCCACUGGCUCAGGCUGCCCAAGGCCCAUCCAACCUGGCCUGGAACCCCUCCAGGGAUGGGGCAGCCACAGCUUCCCUGGGCAACCUGGGCCAGGGCCUCACCCCUCUCAUGGUGAAGAAAUUCCUCCUUAUGUCCAGUCUAAAUCUGCCCCUCUCCAGUUAUCCCCAUUGCCCUUUGUCCUAUCGCUCCAAGCCCUUGUGAACAGUCCCUCCUCAGCUUUCCUGUAGCCCCUUCAGGUACUGGAAGGUCACUCUAAGGUCUCCUCAGAGCCGCCUUUUCUCCAGGCUGAACAAUCCCAACUCUCAGCCUGUCCUCGUGGGGAAGGUGCUCCAGCCCUUGGAGCAUCCUUGUAGCUUCCUCUGGAGCGUAUAUCCUUCACAUAGACAUCUUCUUCAGGUGAAACUUGGAGUUUCUUGGCUAUCAAAUGGCAUCCCAGAAGCAGCUUCUGGAGCACUAAAACAUCCAUAUGACAUUUGCGUGGCUGAGGACCACCCAUUCAAAGCUGGAAGCACAAGAGCUCUUAUCACAUGGGCAUUAGAACGUGAGAGAAUCCAAAAAAACCCAGCAGGACAUGAAAGGCCGUUUAAGCUCCAGCAUCGCUGUGACUGGAGUGGACGUUUUCAUGGUUGCGGAGUUUGAAUCUGGUUUGACCGAGUACGCUGGAAGAAGGCAGAAUGGCCUUAGCGGGGAGAGCCCAGGGCAGGAGGGCCCUCACGUCCUGUGUGGUGCUGGGCGUUGCGUUUGGGUGCAGAUCUGCUCCUCCCGGGUGAGCUGUGGCUCACUGGGCUCAGAGCUAUGGCAGCUGCUAUCAGCUGAGAAGGGCUUUCUUCCAGGGGUUUUUGUUUUAAUCCUGCACGGGCUGAGCUUGGGUGGGUAACAACAGUUUGGAUGUGUUAGAGGAAUCGGACAAGCCAUGCGUGAGGCUGUGCAGGUUCUGAUGCAGUCAGAAACAGAACGGUUGUUCUUUUCCCGCACAGCAAGGGGAGACCAUGGAUCUGUGGGCUUCGGUCACGGAGAAAGGCAAAGAAAAAUCCUCUCUUUCUCAGUCUCGCUCCCCUCAUGGAGGGAAAAAGUAAUUUUAUUUUGGUCCAAUGCCAUUCUGCCUUAAAAGGGUACCUGUGUGCUGUGUCUGACCUUAACAGCGAUACCUCCUGUACUCUGCUGCUUAUUCCAUAAAGUAAGUCUUACACUUCCCUGAACCGCGUACCUCCAGGUAAAUUGUCCUUGGUAUAAGCUGUUAAAUACUUCACCCCUAGUGUGAGUAGGUGCUGGGAAAGAGCCGGUGGUGUGUGAGGGCUGUAAGAAGUGCUGUACGUUGCAGAAUUUGUAUUUAAGCGACACACAGUUGACCCCAGAAGCAAAUUCUUUUGCUUUUGCUUCAGUUUCUAGGAGAAAAAUGCCGUUUUGCAGUUUGCUGCAUGACUGAUGCGUGGCUUUUCAUCCUCAUUUUAUUAUUUCGAAGCACAGAAAGAGGAGCAUAACUUAAGCCUUCUUUUCUGUACACUGAAAACUGCUUACCCCAUCUUCAGAAGCUGAGUUGGAGAAACUGUGUCUGGAGGCUUUGGUUUCAGCCAAGCAUCCCACUGAGAAAUGAUUAUACGGGCCUUUUCCCAAACUCCGUAGAUUGUGGUGGCUCUUUAUUUCU